AUGCUUGCAGUUAGAAGAUCAUCCCUAAACAUACUGACAAAGACAGUUAGAACAGUUAGUCCAAGUACGGUCAGAGCAUUUACUGUAACUGCUUAUAAGAAUGAAUUGUUACAAGAUCUGUUCUUAAAAGAAUUGAAAAAUACAAAGUUCGAUAUGGCAUCUUUACAAUCCCCUGAAUCGAUUGCUGAAAAUGUUAUUAAAUUCUCAGCUCCAACCAAACCAAAGAUUCCUACUUUAGAAGCUGCUCAAAAGGAUACUUUACAAGACUACAUUAAUGAAAACGUUGAAACUUCAUUGGAUACUGCUGCAGACGCUGCUGCCGUACAACAAGACGUUGCUCAAGAUGAAGAUUGGUUAGUCAUUGAAGAUGAACCAGAAGAAUCUCACCAUUAA